CUCCCCGUCCUUAUAACCAGCCGGCAGCCUCAAAAUAAAAUCAGAAAGCUGAGAAAAAGUCCCUGGGAGGCUGUAUCAUAUCUCAACGCAGCCACACAGCCACAGGAAGUGGGAGACAGAGAGUGUAUUGUGGGUCAUUUUCAGAGGACCGAAGCGUAUUAGGAGCCUCCAUCAACAGAGCGAAGGUAGAUACUCUAAACAGUGAGCCAGCCAAAGAUCCGUCCUCAGAUAACUCCCGUGAAAGGUAGAACAGCCGGCAGCAAAGAUGGGAUGCUUUGGAUUCCUCAAAGUCAUGAUGUUCGUCUUCAAUGGUGUCAUCUUCUUGGCGGGCGCUGCCAUCCUGGGCGUCGGGAUCUGGGUGAAGGUGGACAGUAGCUCCAUCCUCAGCUUCCUCGGGAAUAUGGAAAACGCACCGACGGAGCUGAGCCAGGUGCUCAACGUGGGCUACCUGCUAAUCGCAAUAGGAGCUCUGCUGCUCGUCAUCGGCUUCCUGGGCUGCUGUGGAGCCGUCAGAGAGAGCAAGUGUAUGCUGAUGCUGUUCUUCAUCAUAGUCCUGGUGGUCUUUAUAGCGGAGGUUGCAGGAGCGAUCGUGAUUUUGGUAUUCAGACCUUUGGCUGACGACUUGCUCAACAAGGUUGGGACAGCAGCAGUUCAGAACAUCAGGAAGGACUACGGGCAGAAUCCCGACAUCACCGGACUCUGGAAUACCACAAUGAACUCGUUAAAAUGUUGUGGAUUCUACAACUCCUCCGACUUUGUGGGCUCUCCAUAUUAUGUGAACAACAACAACAGGUUUCCUCCGCAGUGCUGUCCAGGCAUGAACAGCACAUGCACUCCGACAGGGGCUGGAAAUACCACGACAAUCACCGGGUGCUUCCCAAAGAUCAAGCAGCUGAUUAAUGAUAACACGGUGGUUAUUGUGGCAGUGGCGCUGGGAAUUGCAGUUCUGGAGAUAUGCGCCAUGGUUGUCUCCAUGAUCCUCUUCUGCAGAAUCAAAUCCAUGGGAGUGGAAUAACUGCAGAUGGCGACGGCCCAAUGGGAUCUCUGUAAUCACUGGAGUCUUUCUACUUCCUGUUCCCCCUCUAGAGGAGUGAGGGGCUGAGCCUUUAUCCUGCAAAAAAUGCCUCAUCAAUAAAGACAGUUAAUGUCAGAUCUUGUGCAAUCAGAAUUACUGAACGACAUAACAAGUCUAUUUUUACCACAUUUAAAUCUAUCUAAUAGAUGCUGUAUAUGAAUGUACGUGAUCUAUUUCUUAAGAAGCCUUUGCACACUGCCUACUUCAGCAGAGAUCAUUUUAACACAGCCAGUUAAUACGGAGUCGCACGGUAACUCUGUUUACCGUGAUAAUGAAAUAAAGGCUGGCAUUUUAGACACAGAAAUUUACACUAUUGACAAUGUUUUUGCCAUGAUGCAGCUUGUAAAAUAGCAACAGAAAUUAUGCUUUCUUUGUAUGUAUCUUGUAUGGUGAUCAAUUUUAAAAUAAAGUGCAAACUAUUUCUA